CAAUAGGAAGAGGAACCUUCGGUUUGUUCUGUAUUGAAGUGUGUGUGUGUGUGUGUGGGGGGGGGACUUUAAAAGAGCAGAAUCACUUCUUGUUGAGAACAGUUCUCACUCUCACUGCACUGAAGACAGCUUGUUGUCUUUAAGGAUGGAGGAAGAAGUCCAUUAUUCCACUGUGGUUUUCAGACAUGAAAAAAACAAGGACUCACCAAAACCCAGAGAACCCAGAGAACUCAGAGAACCCAAAGAACCCGCUGCUACGUCCUCUGCACCCAAAACAGAUGGCGAAGCAGCUGUGUGCUCUCACUUUCCUUUUCUGCUCGUGUGUUUGGGGAUACUUUGUGUCCUCCUGGUGGCGGCCAUCAUCACCAUCAUCUACAUCAGUCUGUUAAUGAACAAACAGGCAGGAAACCUGAGCGACCUCACAGCAGAAAAGCAGCGCCUGACCACAGAGAAAUUAAUCUUGGAGAAUAAAACCGAGGAGCUGAGACGACAGAGAGAUGGUCUCAACUGGACGCUGGAAGUCAUCCUGAAAUUUGACAGCUUUCCAGUAAAAGAUUACUGCCCUGGUAGAACGUGUCAGCCAUGUAUGAAGGACUGGAUCCUAUAUGAGAACCACUGCUACUUCUUUUAUAGUAAAGACCCUCCUUGGAAAACAUGGGAGCAAAGUCGAAGUUUCUGCAAAAACACAUCUGCAGAUCUGGUUGUUAUUGACAAUCUGCAAGAACAGGAAUUCGUCAGUAAUCACACAAAAUCUUACUACGAUAUUAGCCAUGGUUACUUUAUUGGGUUGGAAAAGAAAGGAGAUGAAUGGGUCUGGAUUGAUGGACGCAACGACACUUUAAGGUACUGGGCGAUUAAGACAUCUGGUGCAGGUGCUUCACGCACAUUUGUGCUGGUCAUCCCCGGGAAGAAGGCCACAGAAAGCUGGGUUAACGUAGAAAAUGGAUUUGAGAACAAAUUCGUCUGUGAGCGUGAAGCCCUGAUAUGGUCCCCUUAGUUCCAGCUUGUUCUCAUCUUUACAGGAUGGAGAAC